AGGGUCAAAUACGUUUUACUUUUAAACCUGUGUUCAACUACUGGGUACUUUACCUUAUCUAACAAAAAUAAAACUUCCAGAUGUGACCCAACAACAGAAUGGUGGCAAGGAAAGCUCUUCUACGAAAUAUUCCCAGCAUCCUUCCAAGAUUCUUCAAAAAUCGGCGACGGAAUUGGCGACCUCCAGGGUAUCAACUCGCGCAUCAACUACUUGAAGUCUCUCGGCGUAAAAGCAGUUCGCCUGAAUUCAAUCUUUCCAUCAGAGCACUACCCAGAACACUACUCUAGCAUCCAAAGCUUGACUUCCAUCGACGAGAACUUGGGCCGUGCUGCAGACUUCGACGAGCUUCUGCAGAAUCUUCAUCGUAGCGGCAUUAAACUAAUCCUGGACGUUCCUGUGCGUUACAUUCCAGUUCCUGAAACACUGAAGCAAAAGAGUGAGGUGGAAAAUUCAACAGGUUCAAAAAUUGUAACCCCAAACUUCCAGCGCUACGUCGCUAGUCCAGACAACCAGGUCAACGUGAUCUACCAGGUGACUGCAGCUCUGAAAUUCUGGCGCUCGAAAAACGUCGACGGGUUCUACCUCAAGGACCUGGAGCACCACGUUAACAACAACUCCAAUAUUGCUGACGUUCUGAACCUCUGGAGAGACCUUAUGGAGGGUGAUAGGAUCCUCAUGUGCCACUGGAAGGUCCUGGAGGCUGCUAAGAGCGAGGAUGUUAAAAAAGCUUUGAUCCAAAGCAUGAACCUGGUGGAUUUUACCUUGAAUUUCGGGAACGGGACUCUGGAGCUCAAGAAGCAG